GCUUUUACUUUGGGAGCUUUGAGAGCUCAGAGACUGCACAUACUCCACAGAUCCAAAACAUGAAUCAUAUUGUCCUAUUUGGUUUUACAGUUACGUUGCUAGUAACAUUUGUAACCUCAGCAAGGUAUCCUUACCAGCAAGUCUUGCAGCACAGCCGCAUCAGAGGCAGACAACAUGGCCCUAAUGUAUGUGCUGUGCAGAAACUUAUUGGAACCAACAAACAAUACUAUACCAACUGCAAACAGUGGUAUCAGAGGAAGAUUUGUGGCAAAUCUACCAUAAUUUCGUAUGAAUGCUGUCCAGGAUAUGAAAAGGUUCCAGGAGAAAAAGGAUGCCCAGCUGCACUUCCUCUAUCAAAUAUUUAUGAAACUCUGGGACUUGUUGGCGCAGCAACCACACAACUGUAUUCCGACAGAGCCAACCUAAGAACAGAAAUUGAAGGACCGGGAAGUUUUACUAUCUUUGCACCAAGCAAUGAAGCAUGGGCUGCUUUGCCUGCUGAAAUAUUAGAUGCUUUAGUGAGCAAUGUUAACAUUGAGCUUCUUAAUGCUCUGCGCUAUCAUAUGGUCAACAAACGUCUUCUAACAGAUGAACUAAAGCACGGAAUUACUAUACCAUCAAUGUACCAAGAUUUGGACAUUCAUGUACACCACUAUCCUAAUGGAAUUGUUACUGUAAACUGUGCAAGGCUCAUCAAAGCAGACCAUCAUGCCACUAACGGUGUAGUUCAUGUCAUUGAUAAAGUGAUCACAGCUGUUACAAACAACAUUGACCAAGUUGUUGAUACUGAGGAAAGCCUGGAAACAUUACGAGCUGCUAUAGCUGCUUCAGGACUUAAUACUCUUUUAGAGAGCGAUGACAGACAGUACACAUUAUUGGCUCCCACAAAUGAAGCAUUUGAAAAGAUCCCACAGGAAACUCUGAACCGCAUCCUGGGUGACCCAGAAGCACUUAAAGACCUUCUGCACCAUCAUAUUUUAAACAAUGCCCAGUGUUCUGAAGCAAUUAUUGCUGGUUCUUCUAUGGAGACUUUGGAGGGCACAUCCCUUGAAGUUGGAUGCAGUGGUGAUGAACUCACUCUCAAUGGAAAAGCAAUGAUUUCUAAGAAGGAUAUACUGGCAACUAAUGGUGUGGUGCAUUUCAUUGAUGAAUUGCUAAUCCCAGAUGCAGCAAAAACCCUAACUGAACUUGGUAAAGAUUCUCCAGUUUCUACGGUUAUUGAACUCUUUGGACAAGCAGGGCUUAAUUCUUAUCUUGGUGGAAAUGAACGCGUGACUGUCAUUGCUCCACAAAAUAAUGUAUUUAAAGAUGGAUCCCCCAGCAUUAACAAAGAUACAAUAAACCUGCUUCAGAAUCACAUUAUCAAAGAACAGCUUUCUUCUAAAUAUCUUUAUCAUGGACAAGUGCUAGAGACAGCUGGUGGAAAGAAACUUAGAGUAUUUGUAUACCGAAAUGCACUUUGCAUUGAAAACAGUUGUAUUGAUGCACAUGACAAAAAGGGAAGAUAUGGUACUUUGUUUAUUGUGGAUAAAUUGCUUGCACCACCAACAGGAAACGUUAUGGAUGUUCUGAAAGCUGACAACCGCUUCAGUAUGCUGGUGGCUGCAAUCCAGUCUGCAGGACUUACUGAGACAUUAAACAGAGAAGGCGCCUUUACUGUGUUUGCUCCAACUGAUGAAGCAUUCCGUGCACUUCCACGAGCAGAAUUAAACAGGCUUUUAGGUAAUGCCAAAGAACUUUCCAACAUUUUGAAAUAUCAUAUUGUGGAUGAGAUCAUUGUCAGUGGAGCAGUUAGUCAACUUGUAAGAUUGAAGUCAUUACAGGGAGAAAGACUUGAAACCACCUCUAAAAAUGCCACACUAAAUGUCAACAAAGAACCUGUUUCUGAUGCAGAUAUAAUGGCAACAAAUGGUGUUAUUCAUGCUAUUAACACUGUGCUCCUACCACCAGGCAAAGCACCAGAAAGAGGAGAUUUAAUGUCAGAUUCUGGGCUUGAUAUCCUGAGGCAAGCAUCUGCAUAUUCCAAGAUUUCCCAAAGAAGAGCUCGAUUAGCUCCCAAUUCCAAGUUAAUUUCUAGACAGAGGCAAUAAUCACAACAACUUUGAGGUUUAAAGUGACUGCCACCAUUCGUGCCUUUUUAUUUUUUAUGAGAAGAGUAAUGCAUUGUCUUUGCAUAUUCACUGUUUUUCAUCUACAAAUGUAAAAAUACCCAACCAACUUGCGACCCUGUUUGUUAUUGACUUUGUCUUAGAUACAUGCUAAUCAUAAAAAAGCAUGCUUAGAUCUUAUCCAAAUGUUUGUUUGUUUUUAAAUAAGAGUCCAUGUGUUAUGAAAAUUUACAUUCAAGAAAAUAGUAAUGGCAUAAUGUGACAAUAGUUGACUUGAAUUUUUUGUUUUCUCCACAUUUUGCUUUUAAUGUUUUUAAUAAAAUAUUGAAUUAACAGUCUAUGUUAAGAAACUUGCAAUUUCAACAUUAUUGUGCCUUUUUGUUUUAAUAUACUCAGUUCAUUUUAAAGGUGGAAAAAAUCGUUCACUUAUAAAUAUAUAAUAUAAAGAUGCAAUUUUUUUUCCCUUUUAUUACAAAUAGUUGGAUUGUAGAGACAUAACAUUGUUCUAAUAGCAAAAUGUUCUGUUUAUAAUAUCAGAUGGCAUUGUUUUCAUGAAUUAAGAACAAGUUUAUCAUGAUCAAUAAAUUUGGCAAUUUCCUA